UCAACUUCACUUAUCUUGUUGCAGCUCACUUACUGGAUGGGAGUUUACUGCUUUCACUUCUCACUUCCUGUUUUUGCAACUACUUAUGAAACAGUGCCAUAUGUUCUUGAUUAAAUAGAGACAUUACUGUGUUGGAGACUUUGAAAAUAUUUCAGAGAGACCCUACCUCCAGAGAAAAUGUGGAAGAGGGGCGAUCUGGUAAAUUACUCCAAAUUCUUUAUCUGCUGAGCCAAUCGAGAAGAAUGCUCCAAAGGAUAUACCUGGCAAUUAAAUCUUUUGUAACUUCUGCCAAGUUUUAUCAUUUCAUCUUCUUUGCAUCCCUAACUGCAAAUCUAAUGCUAUUUUAUCCUCUUUUCCCAGUGAGAAGGAGAGAGCUGGACUCAUGUGUUUUGUAUGUUCCCUGCUCAAAAGGAUGGAUAGGAUUUGGAAGAAAAUGUUUUUAUUUUUCGGAUGAGACAAGGAACUGGACAUUCAGUCAGACAUUUUGUACUUCAGAAGAAGCUGUUCUUGCUCAGUUUGAAACCGAGGAGGAGCUGAACUUCCUGCUAAGAUACAAAGGCCCUUCUGACCAUUGGAUUGGCCUUAGUAGAGAAUCAUCACAUCAUGUUUGGAAAUGGACAGACGACUCUAAAUAUAAUGCCUCGUUUGCCAUCACAGGAGAUGCGACAUGUGGCUACCUGAAUGACCUUGGAGUUAGUAGUGCCAGAAGUUACACAGAUAGAAAAUGGAUUUGCAGCAAAAAAAUAACUAUUCCAUGUCCUUAAAUUCUUCAAGUCUUUUUUAGGGAAUUUCACACAUGAUCUCCAAGAGAUGCAUUAUAAAUUAUAUACAGUUGCUGCUCUAUUGCUUGCUCUUCCAAAAAAUCACGAUUUUCAUUUAUAGUGUUGUUAACAGCAAGGAGACAAGGUAUACUUGAAUGAUACAGGGGUCUGGAAGAGCAUGAUUCUAAAUUAAGUAAGUGUUAUAUAAUAUGAGUUGAUAUGUAUGUUUUGAACCCAGUCAAUAUGAACAAAUGCCUCUUUUUAUAUACAGACAGUACUUUCUUUGCACAUACAGUACCAUAAAAAUAACUAUGAUAACUGAA